AUGCCCAAACCCAGAGUCCUCCACAUCGGCGACCCCAUCAAAUACAACCACGACAUCUACGCCCGCUUCGCCUCACAAUUCGAAAUCAUCCGCCCCAGCACCGAAGAACGCGCCCGCGAUGCCUUCAAACAAGCCCUAAAAGAGCGCCGCUGGGGCGACUUCGACGCCAUCUUCCGCCCCUUCUGGAACACCGGCGGCGAAAUGGGCCGCUGGGACGAGGAACUGAUCUCGUUGCUGCCCUCAUCGGUGAAGAUCGUUGCUUCCGCGGGUGCAGGCUACGAUUGGGUGGAUGUAGAUGUUUUUGCUAGAUAUGGAAUCCUCUACUGCAACGGCGCCGCGGCAUCCUCCGAAUCCGUCGCGGACAUGGCCCUCCUCCUCAUCCUGAGCGUAUUCCGCAACCUCCGGUGGUCCCAUUCCGCAGCCCACAGCAUCAACUCGACCCAAUUCCUCGACGCGCACACAAACUCGCCCCUAACGGCACGGAACCCCAGCACGCAGAUCCUGGGGAUCAUCGGGCUCGGACAAAUCGGGUAUACAAUUGCAAGGAAAGUGCACGCCGCGUUUGGGAUGAAGAUUCUCUACCAUGAUAUUAUCCGGAAGGAGCAGCGGGUUGAGAAAGAAGUCGGGGCGGAGUACGUGAGCAGUCUAGAGGAGAUGCUUGGAAGGGUGGAUUGUGUGGUUGUGGCGACGCCGUUUGCGGGGAGGGUGUUGAUGGAUCGGGAGAUGUUUGGGAAGAUGAAGCGGGGGAGUCGGUUUGUUAAUGUGGCUAGGGGGGGACUUGUGGAUGAGGAGGCGUUGGUGGAGGCUGUUGAGAGUGGGAGGUUGAGUGGUGUGGGCAUGGAUGUUCAUGCGAAUGAACCGUUUGUGCAUCCUAGGUUGGCGGGCAAUUCGAGGGUUAUGAUGAUGAGUCAUAAUGCCGGGGGGACGGUGGAUACGCAUGUUGGGUUUGAGAGGUUGGCGAUGGAGAAUAUUGAGGGGUUUUUGGUUAGGGGGAGGGCGUUGACCCCUGUUAAUGCGCAUUUGAUUAGGGGGAGUAAGUUGUGA